ACUCCACAACUACAUCACACCAAACCACACUCACACACAUUCAUCACUUACCGUUCCUCUCUCUCUCUCUCCAUCUAUUUUCUCUCUCUAGAAGCCUACUGCAGAGGAGGCUAAGAGGGGGAUCAAGAGAAAAUUAAGUUUUGGGUCACUAGCAAAAAUGGCUGGGAGUGGACUAUUUGCAGAGAUCAUAGAUGGGGAAGUCUUCAAGUACUACUCUGAAGGAGAGUGGAAGAAGUCAGCUUCCGGAAAGUCUGUUGCUAUUGUCAAUCCGACCACACGAAAGACUCAGUACAAGGUUCAAGCUUGUACACAAGAAGAGGUGAACAAGGUCAUGGAAUCGGCGAAAAUUGCACAAAAAAUGUGGGCAAAAACCCCACUGUGGAAAAGAGCAGAGCUCCUUCACAAGGCAGCUGCUAUUCUCAAAGAGCACAAAGCCCCCAUUGCUGAAUGUCUAGUAAAAGAAAUUGCAAAACCAGCGAAAGAUGCAGUCACUGAGGUUGUGAGGUCCGGGGAUUUGGUUUCUUACUGUGCUGAAGAAGGAGUUAGAAUUCUGGGAGAGGGGAAGUUCUUGGUGUCUGACAGCUUUCCGGGGAACGAGAGGACAAAGUACUGCCUCACUUCUAAGAUUCCGCUUGGGGUUGUUUUGGCGAUUCCUCCCUUUAACUAUCCUGUCAACCUUGCUGUCUCCAAAAUUGCCCCUGCACUGAUUGCUGGAAACUCCCUUGUGCUCAAACCUCCAACUCAGGGUGCUGUAGCUGCCCUUCAUAUGGUGCAUUGCUUUCACUUAGCCGGCUUUCCAAAAGGCCUUAUUAGCUGUAUUACAGGAAAAGGCUCCGAGAUUGGUGAUUUCCUCACAAUGCAUCCUGGAGUGAAUUGCAUAAGCUUCACCGGUGGAGACACUGGAAUUGCGAUUUCAAAAAAAGCAGGCAUGAUCCCUCUACAGAUGGAACUGGGAGGAAAAGAUGCCUGUAUUGUGCUUGAGGACGCUGAUAUUGAUUUGGUAGCAGCAAACAUCAUUAAAGGAGGGUUUUCUUACAGUGGUCAAAGAUGCACUGCUGUUAAGGUGGUUUUGGUGAUGGAAUCUGUUGCCGAUACUCUAGUAGAAAAGGUGAAGGCCAAGGUUGCAAAAUUGACAGUUGGACCUCCCGAGGAGGAUUGUGAUAUCACUCCAGUUGUUUCAGAGUCAUCUGCAAACUUCAUCGAAGGGUUGGUUAUGGAUGCUAAACAAAACGGAGCCACAUUUUGCCAAGAAUACAAGAGGGAGGGCAACUUAAUCUGGCCCUUACUGUUAGAUAAUGUUCGUCCUGACAUGAGGAUAGCGUGGGAGGAGCCAUUUGGGCCGGUUUUGCCUGUUAUCAGAAUCAGCUCUGUUGAAGAAGGGAUCCACCAUUGUAAUGCUAGUAAUUUUGGUCUCCAGGGUUGUGUCUUCACAAGGGACAUCAGUAAAGCAAUGUUGAUCAGUGAUGCAAUGGAGACAGGAACGGUUCAGAUCAACUCUGCACCGGCUCGUGGACCGGAUCAUUUUCCUUUCCAGGGUUUGAAGGACAGUGGAAUUGGGUCACAAGGAAUCACCAAUAGCAUUAACAUGAUGAUCAAGAUCAAAAGCACUGUCAUCAACUUACCAACUCCUUCAUACACCAUGGGCUAAUUAUUAUCUCUCUACUUUUUCUAUUUUAGUAGCUAAAUAUUAAAAGUGACUAAUGAUUUAGUAUUUAUCUUUUUUAUUAAGUUUUUAGCUAUCAAUGAAGUGAAAAUCAUAAUAAUGAAGAGAUUUCUAUCAACAACUACUGCUCUCCAUUAAUAAUAGUUUGAUAUUGUUAAAUAUA